AUGCUGGCGGCAGGAGCCGACGCAGGCGCAGGCGGCGGGGCGGGAGGUGCGGACCACGGCCGGGACGGCCUGGCCUGCCAUGGUGGCCGCGGCUGCCCCCGCCUUCCCGGCGGCGCGGGGACGGUGGCGGCUGCUGCCUUCUGCAGGGCCCGGCCUGUCUCGCGCCCAUGUGCCCUCUGCGUGCCUUUCCCGUCCAGCUUGGAGGCGGAGAUCGCCUAUCGGUCCCUGACCCCGGAUGCCGAACCCCACAGAGGGGCUGUUGAGAAGCAGCUCACAGUGAGUUGCAGCGUCGUGGCCGGCCGCUGGAGAGGUGAAGAUCCUCGCCUCCUCCGAAUUUCCAUCAUCAGCUUUCUGGACCAGCUUUCCCUGGUGAUGCAGACCAUGCGACGCUUUGGGCCCCCCGUUUCCCGCUAA